CUUAAAACCCGCAAUUCUGGAACCUACGGCGAUGAGUCAGACCCGCCACUUUGUUAAGGUUGGCAACGUUUCCUUGGUUCUCUCCUCCUUUUCUUUCAAUUCUAAUGUCAAGUGCGUACGGUCACAUUCCAAAGCCGGAAUCUAAUUCCAAGUUAGAAGCCGUUCUACCUAUUCGCGAAGCCCUGAAGGAUGGAUCUCCCGUCACCAUUGAAGCGGUCGAUCCCAACAACGAGGCUCUCGUUCUGUAUAUGCAAAAGAUAUUCAAUGUCGAGAUAGAAGACGGAUCGACUUAUCCGCAAGAAUUCCAACUGUCGUUAGAGCAAUUCAAAGCUUAUUUUACAGCCUACGAUUCUUUCAUUGCCGUCAAGAAUGGGCCCUUGAAGCCCGAUACCAACAUUGAAGAGUCCGUCAUGGGUAUGUUCUAUGUCAAGCCCAAUUAUCCUGGCCGAUGCUCACACAUCUGCAAUGGAGGUUUCUUCACUGCUCCGGCGCAUCGCGGACAAGGCAUUGGCAAGGUCAUGGGAAGAGCCUUUGUUACUUUGGUUCCACUUUUAGGAUACAAGGCUUCCGUGUUUAAUCUUGUUUUUGCUAAUAACCCUGCUUCCCUUCGUAUCUGGCGCUCUCUUGGCUUCCAAGAAGUUGGUAGAAUUCCUCAGGCUGGCCGUCUGAAGAACAGCCCAGACGAGUUGGUGGAUGCCAUCAUCUUUUACAAGGAUUUUACAAAGAAGGACGAAGAGUGAAAUGACUCGACCUGUAUUGGAUACCUUGUGUAAAUUAUAAUGUCCUGCGUUUUCAACCUAUCCUGUCCUUAUCUAUAAAACCGCAAAUCUUUAUAAACAUGUAAAUUAUGCCCUCGCCCACUGAUUUCAGCACAACAC